AUGCAGCCGAUCCAACUCUACUUCACUAACCUCAAAGCCUUACAGCCAAACCGGUCAGGUCGGCUUCUGACGGUGCUGUUGGCCCCCUACCUCUCGCUGGGCAACACUUCCCUGAAUCUCCUGGUGAAGCCGCAGGACCUUUGCUCGGCGGCCACGGGUUUGACCAGUGGCCAGCGGCCGGAUACGUUCAUGUCCUGGUUGGUGCUCGGCGCGGCUCUGCGUGCCAGCGGCCCCAAAGGACAAGAACUGGAGGAGGCUGGAAGGGUGCUUGCUUUCCUUUGCUGCAGGUGUUUCGGCCUGGUAUGGGAUGUCGGUGAGUCAAUGCCAACAGCCUAG